AUCCGAACGACAUUCUCCGCGUUGCCAGUUCUCUACGCGCUGCAUUUUCUGUCACACUGCAGCCGCAAGUACACAGCAAAAGUGAGGAAGACGCGUUACACCAUACAGCACAACGUCGCGAACUGUUUUUAUAAUUAAUAUUCACAUUUGUGGACCCGGUGUCUCGGCGUGCACUCGCGUGAGAGAUUCCGCCGUCGUAGGCCGUUUACUCCAUUAGUCGACGGCUUCCCGCGCGAUAAGUAGCCGCUGCCGGCCGCGCCAGAGGUGCCAAGAGUGCGAUCUCACCCUGCUUACACGCGAGAGUGCUUCGUCGUUCCAUCAGAUCUCUGCCUUAAUAAUUUUAGGAUUUUACAAUCGAACAUUUAGUUUGCUGUUUGCAGCAAAAUAUUGCUUUAGAAGCUAGAAAGUAAAAAGAUGGUCAUGGAGGCAUCUCCUUCUCCACAAAGUGUUGGUCGGGAAUUUGUCCGACAAUAUUACACUUUGCUGAACCAAGCUCCUGCUCACCUUCAUAGGUUCUAUAAUCAGCAUUCUUCCUUUGUGCACGGGGAUGUGGAUUCCAAUCGGGAUUGCACCCCGGCGAUCGGUCAGAAGCAGAUACACCAGAAAAUUCAACAGCUGAAUUUUCACGACUGUCAUGCAAAAAUAAGUCAGGUGGAUUCUCAACUGACUCUUGAAAAUGGAGUUGUUGUGCAGGUAUCCGGAGAGCUGUCUAAUGCUGGGCAACCAAUGCGUCGCUUUACGCAAACUUUCGUGCUAGCAGUACAAGCACCUAAAACGUACUACGUGCACAACGAUAUCUUCCGCUAUCAAGAUGUAAUAUUUCCCGACGAGGAUGAAGCCGACGUAAGCGGCGCGGACGGUGGCGAAAGCGGCGAACGAGAGACCGAGGAAAUCGGUCGAACCGAGCCUGAGGAAGACGAACACCAGACCCAGGCACAGCAGCUGUCGGCUCCCGCUCAAGCUGCCGAACAGCAAGCUCAACCGACUCUCAUUCCAACGCAGCAAGCGCCGAUUCAGCAGCAGCAACCAAUGUACUACGCUGCGCCACCACAACCACAUGUCCACCCGGUCAUACAGCAAGUUUUGAACGGAACGGUGCACGAAGAGGUGAUGAAUCAACAGCCGCAGCAGCAACAGCCGCCGCCUCCGCCUCCGGCCCAGCAGCAUCAAUAUAUAGCCGAGCCAGCCGCGCAGACCCAGUUUGUGCAGGAGGCGGAAUUGAACGGCGAGCAGCAGCCGCAACAGCAGGAGAACGAACCGCAGGCUCAGACGGAGGAGAGGAGCGAGCAGCCUGAGGCGGAAACAUUUACCGCAUCUGCGCAAGAGACCGAGCCUGAGCAUCAAAUAACCAAUGCCACCGUCAACAGCAGCGGACCCAAGACCUAUGCUAACUUGGUAAAGUCUUCUUACCCAAGCGCCAUUGGUGCUACUAGCCCUCAAGCUCCUAAACUGUCCUUGUCUCCGCCUCCCAUGACGAAUCUACGCAUGGACGACAGAUCGCCGUUGCAUCCUGCGAAUAACGGACCGACUUCUAUGUCCGCUCCUAACAAUGUAUCCGCGGCUCAGCAACAAGUGCAUCGAGUGGGCGGAAAUCAACCGCCGCAACAACAACAACAUCCUCAGCAGCAACGUGUUCGAGGAGGAUUAAUACAAAGAGAUGGAGAGCGUCGUGGCACAAGACCAGGACAAUACAGCGAUGCUCAUCAACUCUUCCUGGGGAAUUUACCACACAAUGCAUCCGAGAAUGAUUUGCGCCAAGUAUUCGAGCGUUACGGCAGAGUCGCCGAAUUGCGCGUACACAGUAAAUCGAACGACAGAUGCAAAGGUCCGCAAGCCGGCAACAACGCGCGAGUGCCUAAUUACGGAUUUAUUACAUUUGAAGAUCAACAGGUUGUGACCAAAGUGUUGAAUUCUUUGCCAAUCUAUUAUCCGGAUGAAAGUGGACAAAAAUUGAAUGUGGAGGAAAAGAAGGUGAGGCCUAGAAUGUCUAUGGACGGUAGCGGAGGACGAUUGAAUUCCGGUGAUGGUGGUAUGCGUUCUAUAAAUAACCAACAGCAGCAGCAGCAACAACAACAGCGCGGACCAGGCGGCCCUGUGAUGAGAGGUGGACAGCAUGGUGCGCGAGGUGGCCGCGGAGGUUUCUCACGGGGUGGUGACGGCGGUAGGGGCGGCGGUGGCAUGCGACAACCGGGCAAUCCGAGCAAUCCCGGUUAUCAAAACCGUCGCUAAUACCGGUUGCAGCACGCAAAAGUCACAACAUCCUCUUAAUAAUCCAACCUCUACUGAAUAAAAGUCAUCGGAGCCACCAUGCAUCUGCCAUCUUCAUUUCGAGAAAUGAAAUCCAGAACUAUUUCGUAUGCCGCACGACCUCGCAACCGGCGCCACUCUUAUACGCUUAAACGUUCGCUUGCAACAACGUUCGUCAAGCAACAACACAAUAACAGUCGAUACUAGAUGACGUAGCUCAAAAAGAAGUCGUACGAAAUACGAGCUCGAACAUGGAAGACACGCCAACGCGACUUCAUCGAAAUCUCGAGCGUAGAAUGGAUUCUCCUCGCGCGAGACGUCGAACUUAGUGCUGUGUGUUCCAGUUCGUCAAAAUGUCAGUUAACCAGCUGAUAAUCGUCGGUUCGAGUUCGUCCUUCGUACAUCGAGAAUCGGGCAAUCCCGCAGGACUUUGUGACGCAAAGCACAUAAACGGAGCGCAAUCAUACAAACGCACGUACAACCGUGCGAUAAGUCCAAAAAAAAGGAGCUCAAAAGAGAAUGUUGCCGGAAUGUGGUAAAUUUUAGUGAACGGGGAAAGGCGACGUGAUCUGAAAUCGGGGAAUUGUGUCGGAACUCUUUGCGUAGCGAUUUUAAAAUAACGCGCGUCAUUCAACACUACGCGCCUUUCCUUUGACUCGCCGGAAUCACAGGAGGAGACAAAGAAGCGAAUUUCAUUGUACACUUCACACAGAACGACCAAGCGAGAGAAGGACGAGGGAGUGACGUGCGUAGUCUCGCACGCUUUCGAGUCGACGCACCAACCGCCAACGAAACGUCUUUUUUCCUUUUUGCCAUGUAUAACUGGAAUGAGGAACUGAAUUGUUGUUUUUCUUUCUAUCUUUCUUUCUGUAGAAUUCGAGACUGUGUCCCGGUUGCACGCAUCAAAAAGAAAGAAAAAAGGAUAAGAAAAACGACAAUUUAGUUUCUUCCUGCAUGACCUUUUGUUUUAUUUUUGCCGACCAUCGGUGGUACAAUUUUGUACGAAUAAACAAAAUCACAGUGUAAAAAAAUAUUAGAAAAAAUUGUUCUUACAAUUGACGAUUGUUCUUAUUGCCGGUAAGAAAAUUUUAUCAGUUUUUAUUCACGUUCGAAGUCAUUACGGAAAGAUUAUUGAUAUAUAUCAUGCACGAAAUACGAAUUUAUAUUUGCAUUAAUUUAUAAUUGAAAAGUAAAAAAACUCUCUAAUUUCUUUCACGACUUUCAGAGAUUUGAUUGACUAUUAUUGAUCAAAUUUAUAGACUGACGAGAGUUUUGCUACACUGCCUCACGGACAUAUAUUCGCAUUUCGUGCUUUUAUAAGAAUAAUUGUUACAAUGUUAAUUGUGAGAACAAUUUUUUCUAAUAUCUUUUUACACUACGAUUUGGUCUUCUCUUACAAAAUUGUAAACAUUUUUCUUAAUUGAUGAUCAACAACAAGAAUAAAAAAAAAGGUUGUAAAGGAAAGAAAAUCGAUCGUUAUUAUAAUUUUAUCCUGUCAUAAAAUCUUUCUAUUCUAGGCAUCUACCUUCUUUUUUCCUCACACAUAUAUUUAUUAUUACUUUUAUUUAAAUAAAAUUUGUAAAGAUCGUACAUGCGCAUAGUGUAAUAUUGCAUCAUCGAAUCAUUAAAUUAUCGGUCGUGAGACAGCAUUUUGCAAAGAUUGUUGAUAUUUUCUGCUAAUCGCAGUGCGUCGUUAGAUACGAAUUAUGACCAGUACGAAAUGUGUCCGUGAGGCAGUGUGGCAAAACUCUCGUCAGUCUAUAAAUUUGAUCAAUAAUAGUCAAUCAAAUCUCUGAAAGUCGUGAAAGAAAUUAGAAAGUUUUUUGCUUUUCGAUUAUAAAUUAAUGCAAAUAUGGAUUCAUAUUUCGUACGUGACGUACGUUAACAAUUUCUGCGACCUUGUGAAUACAAACUAACAUUUUUCUUCCUCACAAAAUUUUGCUUUUUUAUGUGUUGACUUUAGUUUCUGUUUCUUUAAAUACACACGUGCUUUUUAUCAAUAAUUAUAAUUUGUCUGCCUAAUCCCAGAGUGCUCUCUUCGCAUUUAUCCUCUUAGAGCAUGUAUUUGCUAUAAAUGAAGCUCUUAAGCCUACGACUGUAUUGCAUCGAGAAAUACAAACAGAUAAUACUAUCAGAAAAGGAAUUAACAAUAUCUGAGAAAAAUUACGCUCUUACAAUAAUGUGUAUGAGCAUCAUUCUUGAAAUAAAUUGUUAAUUUUUUUAGAUGGUAUUAUUUAUCAGUAUUUUUGGAUGCAAUACACUUGAAAGCACAUUUAUUAACGAAAUAAGAGCUUCGUUCAACGCAAACGUGUAAAAAGCACGUAAGAGAAACGUGCAUUCUGUAAUUGAUCGAACAAAUUAUAAUUAUUGAUAAAAAGCACAUAUAUAUAUUUGAAGAAGCAGAAGCUCAAGUCAGCAACGAGAAACGAAUUUUGUGGGAGAAAAAAUGCAUUUGCUUGCAUUGUCAACAUAAGAGUAUGCUAAUUUGUAAUUAAACGCGAUUAUCAGAAGACAUCAAGAAUCUCCGCAAAAGUCUUGCGACUGAUAAUUGAAUGAUUGGGCGAUGCAAUAUCAAACUAUGGUCGCUAACGAUUUUUACGAAUGUUACCUAAACGAAAGUAAUAAUAAGUAAAUGAAUGUGUGCUAAGAUGCUAGAAUAGAAAGAUUUUGUGAUGGAGACAAAUGAAAAAAAAAACGCAUCGCGACACCCUGUGUCUGGGACACGGCGUCCGUGCCAUUGCUAACUUCUCGGCGCGCCCGCUCGAGGCCACGCCUCGUUUAACGUUUAUAUUUUUUAACAUGCAUCAUGUCUUAACGAAUAAUGUUGGUCAUUGUAGUAUUACGCGAUUUUGAUGUCUCGUUUAACACGGCUCGAGGCGGUGACGACGACGAUGACAACGAUGACGAUAAUGACGCGGCUGCUCUGACCCAGAUGCGGAUAGAGGGAUAGGUUUCGCGGGGCUGCGCCCCUCUGCCGUUUGCUGUUUCCGACAAUUAGUGAAAGAAAGAUAAAGAAAAAAAUUGACAAGCAUUCUCUCCCGGACAAGCGUCCUUGUCGGAUAUGUAAUGUCUCAAUCUUAAGGCCGGGGUCCCACGGCUCGCCACGACUUGACGAAUUACACGAAGCUGUCCCGAGCCGCGAAAUCGGGAUCGCUGCUCACGAUUUGUAGCUCGUCGUUUCCGUUUAGCGUCAGUAAACUUGCGAGUUGAACAUAAGCAAGUACCUACGAUGAGCACAAACGAGCCAUGAAUCAUGAGAAACCACGCGCCAUGCGACCCCUGCCUAAGCCUAUAUUCCGUUAUAGAUAAAUGCUAUGUAGAAAGUAAUAAAGAUUCGAUCCAUCGAAUCGUUUCUCUUUAUAAGUUAGUAUAGUAACGCGAAAACGUAUUUCCGGAUUUUGUCGAUAGUUGUCACGUCAUUGGCACUUUAGUAUUGUUAUAAAAAAGAAAAAAGAAAAAAAAAAAAAAGAAAAAUUGAUCAUUAAAUCUGACCCUGAAGUAUACAGGAUGGAGCACUUUAUCACUUCUCUCUUCCUUGCAACAAACAUUGAGUAUUACGUAUAUUUUGUAUAAUUCUGAAAAAAAUAUCACGAAAUAAGGAAAUAGAUUUUUUCAAGUUGCUUUCAUUUUCGAAGAUGUGAUAAGUCUGAUAUCAAAUUUUCUAAGCGAUUUUGUAUGCUUAAAAUGAAAAUCCGAGCGAAUUAUAGACAUCUCGUUCAAAUUUAGCAAUUUGAAUUUAGCAUAUGAAAAUCCUACAAAGUUUAAAAUAGCAUGACGUAUAAAAACUGUAAAUUUAAGUAAUACUUUUUCUCAUAAUGUUUGCAUAUCAGCCAUAUAUAGUCAGUUUUCACAAUUAUGUAUUAGAAAAUUUUAUUUAACACUUCGAAGUUGAUAUAUUAUCAUUUUCGAAAACAUUAUUUUAUAUCGUAUCUUCAAAAAUAAUAUUUAUAACGUGACAUCCUUUGAAAGUCAGGCAAAACGUAAAAAACGGAACACGUUACAAUCGCGCUAUUAUUUUACCAUUAAAUAAUUUAACACUGACUGUUACAACAAUCGUAUGCAAAUCACUCCCGCAAUUCCUUGAAAACCGUAAGCAUUCGCAUAUAGUUAAGGACUUUAUUUUUCGCUUAUCAACGACGAAUGCAAAUUACGUUAAAAUGGAAUUGAAUUACAUGGAAGAUCGACACUCACAUGUAGCUGCCGUAAUUCCGACGAAGGUACCGUCGUGGACGGUGUAUCUAUAACGUAGCAAUCAAAGUGAUUAAAAGAACAAACAUGAAUCCUGGCGUGCCGGUGUUAAGUGCGAGGCAUGUUCGGUUAGCGAAAAAUUUUUGCAAGAGUGAGUUGCACUUUAUUUAGUAUAUAUUUAUUGUUUUAAACAAGGUCUAAUACUGCAGUGAUAAAAUAUUUACCUUUCGCAGUAUGUAAUAAAUGUAACACGGUACAUGUGCCACUAGAAGGAGAGACUUCAAAUAUUGAAGCGCCAGCUGCUUCAACUUUGUAUACAUAUGUAGGGCAUGUUUAAAGGGAUAUUUGUAUGGGAAUUUGUGUGGGUAAGAGAGAAAGAGAGAGAGAGAGAGAGAGAAUUGUCAUUUUACAUCCUCUUGUACAUUAAAUACGAUAAAUUGUGUCUGUAUAAUUAUUUUUAACCCAAUGUAAGGUCGACUUAUACAUCCAGUACUUCUUCACCAGUCAGCACAUUGUGCAAUUAAUAUAUUCGAGAGAGAAAGAGAGAGAGAGAGAGAGAGAAAGAAAGAAAGAAAGAAAGAAAUGUUUUAUGCUAAAUGAUAUAGUCAUAAUAGUCAUCUAAUAUUUGCAAUCGCAGAUUAUGACUUCCGAUUUUUUCGCCUGCCACUUACUAUAAAAUGUUCUAUACGCUCACUCACAUCGUUUGACUUCACCUUAUCCAUGUGCAUAUCUGUGUGUUCAAGUACAACGUGUUCAAAGCUGCAGUUAUGCGAGAUCAUCGCUUUGCAUACUUGAAAGAGAGCUCUGCAAAUUUUUAGUGUGAAUGUUUUCGUUUUUAAGUAUUAAUAAUAAAUGAUAAAAUAAUAAAAGAUAAAUAUAAUAAUGAAAACGAAAGAAGGGGAUAUGAAGAAAAAUAUACAAAUAAUUAUAACGAUAUAUAUAAUAAUGAUUAGAGGAUGGCGGCUAAUAAGUUGUGAAUUUUUGUAGUAUACAUUUUUAUUUCGGUCUGCCAGGCCAACUUGUGUGUACAACCAACAACUGAAAACAAAGUUACUGCGAUAAAGAGGGGGGAGAAAAAAAAAGAUAAUGUUAAAGGAAAGAUAAAAAAAAACAAACAAACAUUAAAUGUA